UUCGGCAUGUGCAUCUUCGCUUGAUCCUUUUUAUCAGCCGAUAAUCAGCGGCUUCCCUUCUCUCCCGCCAUCAUGUCAAUUCGCACGGCCAAUGCAAGCAACGCGCUCUGGGGUCAGCUCCUACGGAAAAGCGCGGCUCCUGACAACAAUCCUCUGCCGAUUCCGCCUGGCGCUCCGCUCGAUAAGACCGGAACUUCCAUGCGGAUCCUGUUGCACGACACGCAAGCCAAUUUCGAAAAGUUUUCCGGCAAAGUUCAGCUCUUGACGACUGGGUUGGAGGAAACGAAACGGGAGAUCAGCGUCGCGAAGGAUUUGUUCAAAGGAGCCCAGGAUGCACUCAAACUUGAUAUUCUUGAGCUGGUCAAUCGCGCACAGACACGACUUCAGAAAAGCAUAGGCGACCCUGUACAGACGUCGGCCCUUGAGUCGCUUCGACAAGACAUGGACAGCCGGCUCGGUGGGCUGGUCAAACGUAUAGACGAAGUGCAAUCAUUCAACCACACCCAAGCUCUGGCUCUUCAAAAUGCCUGUCAAAUGCUGCAAAAUCUUCAAGAACAGCAAUGCAAGAUCCUUACGACGCUGCUUCCUAUGCUUCCUCUACUUCAAGCUGUGCCAGUGCAGAUCGACUCUGUUCGGAGCUGUAUCAAUGAAUCUAUGCUCACGCUUACACUGGAAACGAAUCACCCGUAUCAACAGCUUCCAACUUCAGAAAAAUCAUUGAAUAAGCGCAGCUUUGCCGCCUCUGCUUCUUCUUUACCGCAGUCACCCAAGCGAAAGAAACCGGACCAGCCGGUGCCAGCAGUCGUUCCGAGCCAGAGCGCAGAUGAACAUUUUACAGGUAGCUUUGUCACUAACGACGUCGUCGGGCCUGGUCACCCUCCCGUAAAGGGCAUGCUUCAGCCUCAAUCCGUCGCUCGGCACCCCCUGCACGAUUUGCCCUUGAACAAGACCGAUGCCCCCACCGUAGUGGCCUCUUCAAGCCCCGAAGAGUCUGCUCAGAGCUCUUCUGUCGUGUCUGCUCCUCCACUUCUGCUCUCUCCAAUCAAAUCUUCGACUAGACUGCUCAAAUCUAUGCCCAAGUGGACGCCAUCGAUUCUCCCUGUCAAAGCCAAGGCUGUCAUCAAUCGCACUUCAAUGAACCGAGCUUCGUCAAUGGCAAUCGGGACUGCGGCAAUAGUUCGCGGACGACGGUCUCCUUUUCGUGACGGUCGGCGCUUUAUCUCUCUGGACGACGAUGACUCGGACUCCGACGAAGGAACAACCGCUCCCGGAAUCCACGCAAUCACAACUGCUCCAAUGAAGAAGGAAUAACAUAAUGCGAACGGAAAUUGGAGCUGAUGGACAAAGGAUUACUAUUCCUAUCCACUACUUACCUGAAUCACAUUUGCUCGUUCUGCCAUGUGAAAUCCUAGACUUGCCAAGACCUUCCUUUUCGAGCUGAUAUUCGAUUGUUAUUGAGUGUUUUGAUUUCGAUCGCUUCCUCCCGUUCCCGGCGCUAUGAGUUCGAGCGAAGACGCUCCUCCUUCACCAGGCUCUGCUUCUUCUUCAGAGCCUGCUCAAGUUUCGCAGCCUGAUGCUAGCACUGAUGCUGCGCCGGCACCGGCAUCGGACUCCGCUUCGCUUCUCGACAAAGCGCGUGCCUUCCUGCAACAACCGCAAAUCCAACACGAAGACCCCGUAGCAAAGCGGAAGUUCCUGGUAGACAAGGGACUGGGUGCGUCUGAGAUAGAUAGGCUAAUGAAGGAGCCCCUCGUGCGCAGACCGACGGUCCCUCCUCGCAGCUAUCCUCAGCCACCACCGUCGCCGCUUCCGAUGCUGCUGCUGGGUCUGGCCAGGAUAUUCUCGUGGAUUGCUGGAGGCUCGGUGGUGCUGACAUUCAUCUACUACCGGUUUCUUCUUCCUCGUGUCAUAGAAACAUUCAAAGCGAGGGGGGCCCUCAAGUCGCAUCAGCUCGAUCUCAUGCGCAAGCUCAACACAUCGCUCACGAGCCUCAAGGAGUCUCAAGCACAGACGGCAGCUAUCCUCCCACCUCCUCAGAGCUCCCAAGAGCCUCCGGCGCUUGCUGCAUGCGGUACUCUGGAAGCCCUGCUCAAGGCAGCAAAAGACCUGGGCCCCCAGACACCUUUGUCCGAAUUCCCGAACGUCUCCCUGCUCCGAUGUGCGAUUUCGGACUAUCAAGGGAGCGACCAGACUAGGGAACCAACAACGGUCGAGGUGUUCCGGGUCAUGGAGGGCAAGUUGCCGUGGUUGCUAUUAGAAGAAGGUGUGCCCUUCGAGCAACAAUUGUGGAACACGCUCUCAGGGACGGCGUGUUUUGUUUCGAGCCCUGUGAGCGCUUCCGAACGCGAAGGCACAGUGAAUUGGAAAUAUGUCGCACCAGAACCAGCUCCGCCCACAGCGCUGUCGCAGUCUCUCUCCGUGCUUCAUGCCUCGAUACCCAAACCAGCAUCUGAAAAGAAAAGCGCGAUGCAGCACGCAUUGAAUUCGAUGACCGAUCUGACGGGCUACAUAUCGUCUCAGAUCUACGCACCGUACAUGUCGGUCGGCGGGCGUAUGGGACCAGGGGCUACUCUCCCACCUGCGGAAGAAGAACUGAGAAAGGAGAUCCGGACGCUGAAGGGCCUUAUUCUGAAUAGGCGAACUUUCCUACUUGCUCCGGCCAGGACUCAGUAGAACCUCGCAUGCGCAGUAUUUGCUUGACUAGCGGACAGACGUCGGCGAUGAUAGCGUGAUCAAAUCAAGGUGCAACAGUUGACUAGGCCAUAGGAUACCAGCGCACUGAAUGGAACGGGACCUGUAUUCCAAUAGACAGCUCCAUGAAUCCCCAUCUAAUCUUGAUUUGCACCAGUGCUUGAGAACUGUCUCAGCGCCAACUCGCAUGCAAUGUGCAAGCCAUCUGCACUAGGCUGCACGAAUCAUGCCGAUAGAUCGGAAUUGCCACCAUGGCAAGUCGUCCAGUUCAGAAGCAUCUACAUCGUAGCUAUCCUCAUGUCUUUGCCUGCCUUCGGGAAUCUCGGACACGCUCUACAAGUCCGAAUGAGCGCCCUCAACAGCCGAUUUCGGAAGCGAAUCAUAGUCUGUGAAUUAGCGUUCAAUAGUUUAGCAGGUUAGAGUAAUAAGCAGAAGUGAUUCCGAAAUCCGAAGGGUUGGUUGCUUGGUACGAGUACAAAAAACUAGAAGUUUAGAACAUGUUCGCUAGACUUUUCGCGGCGUCCCGAGCAUCCAAUCGCGGGCGCUGCGGAGUCCGGACUGUCGCGGACACGGCCACCGGCUGCAUCUGACCAAGCGGGUCCAGCCCAUUCUGUAGUGGGUUGCUACCAAGUGCGCUGCUGCGCCCAUUUUGGGGACCCCGCGACUGCACGAAGCUGCUUCCGGAUGCGGACAGCGGAUCAGACCCGCCACUGGGC